AAAAUAUGGCUGGCCGUGAAGCUGUUAAAAGAGCCGUACAACAAGUGCGUCCCAUUUUAUCCGUUGACCGGGAUGAGGCACGUCGUCGUGCUUUGAAUUUAUACAAGGCCUGGUAUCGUCAAAUUCCAUACAUUGUUAACGAAUACGAUGUCCCAUUGUCGGUGGAACAAUGCCGCGAGAAAUUGCGUGAAGAAUUUGUAAAGCACCGCAAUGUCACCGAUGUCCGAGUCAUCGAUAUGUUGGUUAUUAAGGGCCAAAUGGAACUUAAAGAAUCUAUCGAAAUCUGGAAACAAAAGGGCCACAUUAUGCGCUACUGGAAGGAAUCGCAAGAACCCAAGCCAACAGAUUUCUUGUCGAAAUUCAUUCAAGGUGUUAAUUAGAUUUGAAAUCGAAACA